AGUCUACGUAAUCAGAACUCUAUGGAUGUCAUUUGUUUUAAAAAAAAAUUUUAGAGAAUAUUUUUGGAAGAAAAUAAUGAAUAAUGAAAUGAAAUAAAGGAUCAAACGGCCAUGUAAACGUUUGAAAAAAAGAGCACAGGGGCCACGCGCCGGAGGGCAGGAUGCGGAGCGCGGCAGACCCCGGCGCUCCGAGGGAGGGAAUGGGCGGGGCACACUGCAGUCUGGAAGACAACGCAGUGUCACCAACCUUCCACGCGUGCUGUCUGCAGCUGCCGGAGGCCGCUCCGUCCGGAGCUGGCUGGGCCCCGGGCGGCCUCGUGACCAAGAGGCAGCCGGGCGAUGCGGCCUCGCAGUUCCACGUGCCACUCAGCAACCCGCACGACGACCGCAGCGCUGGCUUCCACAGCAAGGCGCAGCUGACGGAGCACCUGCUCACGCGCCCCCACCACUGCCCCGUGUGCCGCGCCGGGUUCGCGGACAGGCGCAACCUGGGGCGCCACCUCGCCACGCACGGCUCCGACAAUCCCCACGAGUGCCCCGAGUGCCGCGCCAGCUUCUCCCUGGACGCCUACCUCAAGCGGCACAUGCUCACGCACACCCGCCACAGGCUGCUCAGGUGCUCGUUCUGCCCGGCCGAGUUCGUGGAGCGCGGGAACCUGGGCCGCCACGUGGCGACGCACGCGAGCGCGCGGCCGUUCCGCUGCCCGCUGUGCGAUGCCGCCUUCUCGCUCAAGGGCGCGCUGAAGCGACACCUCGAUGUCCACAGCGGGGAGAAGCGCUUCGAGUGCGACGUGUGCGUGUCGCGCUUCGCCGACAAGCGUAACCUCGAGAGGCACAGGAACAACCACAAGGCGGAGCGGCCGUUCAAGUGCUCCGUGUGCAGCGCCGACUUCUCGCGCAAGAACUACCUGGAGAAGCACGUCCUGGUGCACACGGGCGAGGAGCCGUUCCGCUGCCCGCUGUGCGCCGCCCGGUUCCUGCUGGGCGGCUCGCUGCGACGCCACAUGCUGGUCCACUCGCGGGACCGCCCCUUCGCCUGCAGGUUCUGCAACGCCUCCUUCUCCAAGCGGGACGCGCUCACCCGCCACAUGCACGUCCACCUCUCCAGCCCCUCGGCGUGCCUGCACGUUGCUGAAGUUGUGUGAUAAACAGGUGAAAGUGUAAAUACUUUUUUAUAGUAUCGCAGGUUGUAUUGUAAUAAACCUGUGUUCCUGUA